AUGAACAAUGAUAACGGCCAAACAGAGCUCCAGGGCAACCAUUCUGGACACGUUCUGAUUCUCACCCCAUUCAAGCAAUCUGUGCAGUUUAUUGAUCGAUUCUUUGACAAUGUAAAUAAGUUGACUUACCCUCAUUCUCUCAUCUCUUUGGGCUUCUUGGUGUCUGAUUCGACUGACGGAACUAUCGAGAAGUUGAGAGAAAGGGCAGAGCUUGAAUCAAGGGCAGAAUCAUGGAAACGAUUUCACAGUAUUGCUAUAUUUCAAAAGGAUUUCAAGUUUGAGCUGGCAUCCAACGAAGAUCGCCAUGCUUUUGAAGUUCAAGUUAAGCGUAGAAACAUCAUGGCGAAAAGUAGAAACACAUUGCUUUCAGCAGCUCUUAACGAAAAGCAUGAAUGGGUACUCUGGUUAGAUGGUGAUGUUACUGAAUAUCCAGAAACCUUGCUGGAAGAGCUGAUCGGGAUGGAUAAAGACAUGUUGGUACCCAAUUGCUACUGGCACUCGUAUAACGAAGAAGGCGGCUAUGACAAGAACAAUUGGCAGGAGACGGCCGAAAGUUGGGAGUUCCAAAAGACGAUUCCAGCUGAUCAAGUGCUGGUAGAAGGGUAUCCUGAACUGAUUACUCAUAGGAAGCUGAUGAUUGAUAUGAGAUUUGAGAACGGCAAUACAGAUUUGUUCCAUGCUGUACCUCUGGAUGCUGUUGGUGGUACUUGUACAUUAGUCAGAGCAAGAGUGCAUAGAGACGGUGCUAUAUUCCCUCCAUUCCCUUUCCAACAUCAAGUAGAAACUGAAGGCUUGGCAAAAAUGGCAAAAUCAUUAGGAUAUGAAGUGUGGGGCUUACCAAAUUACUUGGUAUAUCAUUACAUUUAA